UUUAUUUUUUGAUAAUUUAUUUUAUUUUAUUCCUCUCUCUUCCCACAUCAUUUUUCAUUAUAGUUGAUCGAAAAUAACGACUGCGCAAUACCCAAACGAAAACGCAACACCGCCGACCACCUGAUCUCUCUGCAACUUCUCUCCACACUCCGCCAUGGCUGACGAGGAACCUGUUGAUCAGAAGAGACUUCUUGAAGAGUCUUGCAAACCAAAAUGUGUGCGACCUUUACUUGAAUAUCAGGCAUGCAUUAAAAGGAUACAAGGUGAUGAUUCUGGGCAAAAACACUGCACUGGACAAUAUUUUGAUUAUUGGUACUGUGUUGACAAAUGUGUUGCACCAAAGCUAUUCACCAAACUGAAGUAAUAGGGGAGAAUAUUUUGGUAUUAUAAUAUCGUUCUGUUUUAUCUUCGUUCCCAAAAACUACUCCUAAACAUAUAUGAUUUUGUAACCAAAACUCAUGCCCUGUAUGGUUUUCAUUUUGUUUAUUAUUGGGAAUUUUUGAUCCCAUGGAGACAUUGGGUGAUAAUUAAUAAUUAUGUGUUUGGAA